AUCAGCAGACAGUCACACAAAGUCCGAUACUUCUAAAUAAAGGGGCUAUAGACAUUGAUCAGUUCAUUCCUCAAUACUCCACAGCAAUACAGUUCUUACUUGAUAGUGGUAACAUACUAAAGGAUUAGAACAAGUUUAUUGAAUAAACUGCUUACCACAUUCUGUCCAAGACAAAUAUUAUAUUUAACAUCAGAGACGUCUAUGGACAACUUGGCCGGGCCUUGUAUAUGAAGUACCCAUGCACUGAGUUUUCUGCUGGAGAUCAACCAUGGGCACAUUUUACCCCAAGACUUUCACAAAAAGUCCGUAACAUUAGAUGGAAAUGGAAUAAAAAAAGUAAACGUGUGCAUUCGGAUGAUGGUCCACCUACUAAAAAGAAAGGUCCCAGGCGAUAUGAUUUGGAACCAGAUUCCACAGAACAAUGUACAUCAACUGAAACAGAAACAGAAACAGAAGCGAUUAAGAUAAUGGCAGAGGAGCUGACAAAACCCAAACAAGAACAAAACAAGGCAUUAAUCCUUAAGCUUCAACGGUCUACUUUCCAACAAAGAAGGAAGUUCAUCCAGACCGUUGAAGAUGGAAAUAUGCAAAGCAUUGUAGAAAAAUAUCCGAUCAUGAAAAUUCCAGAAUUUAUUGUAAAAGAAUUCGAAAUGAUGAAACCCGACCUAAAGAAGGAUGUUCUCCUAGAUAAAUGGACAGAUGUUCUUGGCAUUUUAGACAAGAUGUUUGAGGGUAAUGAUCAGGACAGUGACAAUGAGGAAAACCUGAACACAGGUCAGGAACUGAUAAAGAUUGUUGAUCGAAUUGAGGCAAAGAUAAAAUUUAGAACAUCAAAGAAGGAACAGAAUGAUCUAAUUGUAAAAGUAGAUGUUAAAAAAGUUAAUCUUACUACCAAAAAGAAAAGCCCACCAAGAGCUGUAAUACUUACCAAUGAAGAUGGUUCGAUAAACAAUACAUAUAUGGUAGGGGAUGGACUUCAAAUAUCAGCAGGAACAGACAUAAAACAGCUGUUACAACUACUUGUUGUGACAUACUAUGCAUAUGAUUUGUCUUAUCCUAAAUGUUACCAACUUUUGGGUUUUUUGCAAAUGGCUAUCCUCAAAGACAAUGCCAAUUUUCAUAAGGGAGCAAAUUACCUAAAGUUCGAAAAGGAAUUCCUGCAACAUGUGGUCAGCCGGGAAGAAGUUGAUCAAUGAUUACAAUCGUUCUCUAUUUACUGGUGUUAUUUCUGUAUGUAUUUCUAAAUUAUAGUGUCAGACUUUAUGUGAGCAUGCUUCACUGUGGGAUACACUUUUAGCUUUUAUUGAUCAUAAACUUCAUUGUAUAAAA